GGCAUAGGACGCGGCGUACGUUACAAUGUGUCGUCGUUCGACAAGUAUUAUCUAAUUUAAUUAGCCGUCUCGUGUUUUCUGUCGAUGUCUCGUCCGGAUAUUAGUUUGCGUUUCCACAUGUACGAAAUAUGAAACUAGAAACGUAAUAAUUGAAUUGUUGGUUCGUCGCUCACGACGAAAUACUAUAGGUUAUAAACGUUCGCGUGUUUUAAUUGGAAACGCGCGUACCUUUCGAGUCUAUUCGCGGUAAAAUGGAUUUCUCCGGAAACAAUAUGACCCACGGUGCGCUCCCGCAAUUUUCGGAAUUAACGUCUCGAUCGAGCACGGUUUCCACAUCGAAAUUCACCAGCAGUGAUAAUACUCAAGCGGAACAAACAACUGUUACUACAACCGCUGCUGGCCUGAAUCAAACAAAACAAAAUUUAUUGAUGAAUUCAACGAACAAGUAUGCAGCACCGAUAUUGGCAUGGCCGGAUCCAAAUACUUUGAUGCAGCUUUGCGAGAAGCAAGGCAUUCAAACAAUUAACAUUCCUAAUUACAAUCAAAAUAACACAAUACUCAGUGUCCAAUCGAAUAGUUUACCAGUAAGGAUUAUACCUAACGUAUACUUGCCAUCAACCUCACAAUCGGACGUUAUAAAGCAGGAGUUAGAUACAAAGACUGAAAAUGAAAAACAAACAUCUACAAUGCAAGAUUCUCAAGUCCAACUUCAGCAACAAAGUGCCAUGGCAGAGUAUUUUCAAAAGUUGCAAGCUACUACUCUUCCAUUAACAUUGCAGCAAUUGAUUAAACUCCAAACGGAGCAAGUGAAAAAAGAAAAGACUGAAGAAGAGAAAGUGGAGCACACACAGAAUAAUAUUCUCAACAUUCCUAGUGUUCCAGUAUUUAGAAAUACUCAUACACAAAAUGGAAAUAACACCUUCAUAAAUUCAGAUCAAUUGAUAGUGUCCAUAAAUCCUAAUGACCUAAAUAUUCAAGUAGAAAAUCAGCAGGAGACUGAGAAUGCAGUACAGACUAUUAAGGUUGAACAGCAAAUACAAACUGAUUCGCCAAAAACUGAGAAGAAGAUGAAAUUCCGGGCGAAAACAGGAGAAAUAAAAAUCAGUGUUGCUUUGGAUGGUUCAACACUUUACUGUUGCCCAGAAUGUAAUUUAGCAUUUCCGGAUAAAACAGAAAUUGAACAACAUAUACAAGCUCAUAUACAAGAACGCAAGUAUCAAUGCAAAGAAUGUGGCGCCAUGUUGAAACGAAAGGAGCAUCUCGAUCAACACAUGCGUGGCCAUUCAGACGAAAGACCAUUUAAGUGUCCAGUGUGCCACAAAGCGUUUAAAAGAAACGAACACCUAACGAGGCAUUACGUUAUUCAUUCUGGUGAUAAGAAUUUUUCGUGUUCGGUAUGUCAGAAAGCCUUCUCUAGGAAGGAUCAUCUGAACAAACACACUCAAACGCACUUAGGAAUUAGAAGAAACCGAACGAAGAAGGAUUCGUUCUUCGUGGAGCAAAAGGAGUCUUUUGAAAAAGCUACUGAGGUUUCCACGACGCCUAAACAAGAAGUGAGCUUUGUUUUAAAAGAUGGGGGCUUUGUGAAGCAAGAGCCUAAUUUUCUGCAAUAUAUACAGAAUCUUCAAAAGGAUCAAAAUCUGAUCCAUACAUUCUCCUCGUUUAAGGAGCAAGCAACGGCCGUAUUGCAGCAACAGGCAGUAAACAUGAACGAGAUUCUGCCUCAGAAUACAAGAUUCGGAGAAGUUCCCAUUAUUUUUGACUCACUCGCGACUCAUUUUUACUGAAACUCACACCAUUAUCCACGAAAGAGUUUAGUCACAUUCUUCAUUUCAUACAGAACAAAUUUUCCAAAAAAAAAAAAAAAAGAACGUGUUUGUUGCACGCUGGAUCUUUUAUAUUUAUUCGAUCAUCUUUUAACUAUGUAAUAAAAAGGAUAUGAUAAAAAAUUGCUCAAGAAUAAUUUUGAAAUGGAAACGGUAAAUUGUCGAAAAAUUAAAGUGAAUGAAGUUUUACGAAACCAGUUUUAAUUCGUCUUUCAGCUUUGAUAAAAAGAAAACUUCUAUAAUGGGACAGUCUUUUAAUAAUAUGACAACAUAGUUUAACUAUAAAUUCUAUGUCUUUUCCAUUAUUUGUUAGAUAAAUUUCAAAUACAUUUUGAUCUAGUUUCUCUUUUACAUUGACUGGUUUUUUGGCAAUUUACCGAAUUAUCUAUGGUGGAACAUGCUUUCAAACAUUUCCACACGCUGUAGGUUUUGGAAUAUGUGAUUACAAUUUAAUUAUGACUAACACCUUUGAAAUGUCUGCUAGAUACACAUGAGAUUAGAGUGAAUAACUGCGGAUGGCGCUAAAGAUAAGACUAAUAACCCGGUGUAAUAGAACCAAAGAUCUUCGUGAGAAUAGCAGUAUUUUGUCUCUUCCUCCUAAACUUCUUUCAACUUCCUGUUUUACUUAGCCCUGGAUGGUAAAUAGUUAAAUAUUCUCCUAAAUUUUGAUGCAGUUUUACUUACGAUACAGUGAUGAAUAAUAUAAUUCGUUAAAAAAGAAAGGAAUAAUGCGCUGUACAAAAUCUAUCAAUAGAAUUCACUGUCCUGGGUUACGAAAACAGCGCUAAUGUUUCCACUAAAGUUAAUGAAAUAGUACGUAAGUUUUCGAUGUCCACGUAUGUGGCCAUUUUUCGUGGGCAUCGUAUGUAAGAUGAUACAAUAACGAAAUAUUUUAAAAUAGAUACGCGUUUGCGGCAAGGUGUUACUCCUCGAUCUAUUGUUAUGUAUAGUAAUACGAUGAUUGCCAAAAAAAAAAAGAAAAGAAAGAAGAUGAACGAAGAAAAAGUAACACAUGUAUUUUUCAAACCAAGAUAUUUUUGAAUAAAAUAAGUGUAAAGAAAA